AUGAUUUGGCCAGCAAAUCUGCCAGUUAUCGCUUUACUGCGUAUUAUUCACGAAAAACAAGAAUCAAUAGGUUUUCGAUGGCUAAACUUGAGUCGUAGAAAUUUUUUUUUAAUAAUUACAUGUUUUCAAACAGUUUUUUAUUGGUUACCUGGUUAUAUAAUGCCUGUAUUAUCGGCAUUUUCUUGGAUUUGUAUGAUUUCUUCGAACAACGCGAUUCUUGGCCAGUUAACUGGUUAUAAUGGACUUGGUAUGGGCUCGUUGGUAUUCAACUGGAAAACAUUAACACAAGAUCUAGGAUCUCCAGUAUUGGUACCACGAUGGGCGGUUAAUAAUUUGUUAAUUGGAUUUGUCAUAUUCAUUUGCUUACUUAUACCUGCUGUCUAUUAUUCAAAUGUAUGGAAUUUUCAACGAAUGCCUAUUGCAACAAGCUUGUUUUUUAAACCAAAUGGUGACAUAUUGACGCGUGAUCUUAAAGGAAUAAUUCUGAAUUCAAAUAUUACAGCUGCAGAUAUUACAUUCGAUUGUACAACAGUCGUUACAUACUAUCUUGUUCUUGGCUGUUUUGUUGCAUUGGUUGUUCACACAAUACUCUAUCAUGGUACAGAUCUACUUCAACAAUUCCGUACAUCAUUAGAGAAACGUGAAAAUGAUAUACAUUGUACAUUAAUGUCAAAAUAUCACGAAGCACCAGAAUGGUGGUAUAUUUCAGUAUUCGUAAUUGCAUUUGUUUUAUCGGUAUUAUCAUGUUAUUAUGGUCAUUUUAUGCCAUGGUAUUAUUUAUUUAUUGUUGUUCCAUUUGCAAUUCUAACUAUAUUACCAACAGGGAUUGUAGAAGCAAAAACCAGUAUUCCUAUGAGUACGUUAAUCGCAGCACAAAUGUUAGGUGCAGCAAUAUUCGACGGUAAUUUAAUUCCCACGUAUACUUUCAUGAUAUAUGGAUAUCAACUUAGUGUGGAAUCAAAAUCACUAAUAAGAAAUAUAAAAUUUGGACAUUUUAUGAAAAUAUCAGCACGUACCCUAUUUGCAACACAAUUAUUAGUAACAAUUAUUUCUAUUAUUAUAAAAUACUCAGUAACAAGCCAUUUGCUCAAAACAGUAAAGAAUCUAUGUGACCAUACUGGUCCCUGGGCUUGUUCACGUUUCGAUGUUCAGUCGAUAGUCAUAGCAACAGUUGGUAAGCAAGAAAAAAAGAGGUUAUGGUAA